AAUUCGCAACGUCUGGUAUGGUGGUGGUCCAGCGAUCUCUUACGAGUUCAGAUGGCGGCACGAGAUGAAUCGAAGAGUGGGAUACAGCAAUUACGAUGGCAAGAUCGCCGGUCUUUACGAUCUGGAGGAGACUCUCGGCCGCGGUCACUUCGCCGUGGUAAAGCUGGCACGACACGUUUUCACCGGUGAGAAGGUGGCAGUGAAGGUGAUCGACAAGAGUAAGCUCGAUGAGGUUUCGAGGGCUCAUCUCUUCCAGGAGGUGCGAUGCAUGAAGCUGGUACAGCAUCCCAAUGUGGUGCGGUUAUAUGAGGUGAUAGACACGCAGACCAAGCUAUACCUAAUUCUAGAGCUCGGCGAUGGCGGGGACCUCUACGAUUACAUCAUGCGCCACGACAGCGGUCUCAGCGAAGAGGUGGCCAGGACUUACUUUCGACAGAUAGUUAGAGCCAUAUCUUACUGUCACCGUUUACACGUAGUGCACAGAGAUUUGAAACCCGAGAAUGUCGUGUUCUUCGAAAAGCUGGGUACGGUGAAGCUUACGGAUUUUGGGUUUAGCAAUAGAUUUUGUCCUGGUCAGAAGCUCGAGACUUCGUGCGGCUCAUUAGCGUACUCCGCUCCAGAGAUACUUCUAGGCGAUAGUUAUGAUGCCCCCGCAGUAGAUGUUUGGUCGUUAGGUGUAAUACUAUACAUGUUAGUAUGCGGUCAAGCGCCGUUUCAAGAAGCGAACGACAGUGAGACGUUAACGAUGAUUAUGGACUGCAAGUAUUCAAUUCCGUCGCACGUGUCCGAUGGUUGCAAGCGGCUGAUCGCGAGAAUGCUCGUGCGAGAACCCGAAGGCCGAGCGUCCCUCGAGGAGAUAGCUGCGGAUCCAUGGUUAGCGAUCGGUUCCGACUUGGACACGAUGGAGACGCUACCGCUCGUGUCACGUCAACAAGUCUCCGAUGAUCAUCACAAUCAUAUAAUUACCAAAAUGGUUAACGGUAACAUCGCCACCAAGGAAGAGAUAUUGGACGCGCUCGACAAGAACGAAUACAACCACAUCACCGCGACGUAUUUUUUGCUAGCUGAGAGGAAAUUGCGCGCUCAUCGACAAGAACAGAUGCAGAAAAGUCGUCCAGAAGCUCUAGAUGUUUCCUCAAGCCGGCAAGAUGAUCUGACAACAAAUCUGCGCACAGAUGAGAAUUCUCUGGGUACUAUGAACCAGUCGCUAUUAAGCGUGCCACGGACACCUGGUGACGUACCGCAGAAUGUGCGUUCGCGCAAGUGCAGUAUUGUUCAAGAAGAAGAAGAUGAAGACGAUGUGUCCUCAUGCUCUGGCCGAGAUGAACAUGGCAGUAAUUCGGCGCUAAAUUCCCUUAAUCGUCGUGGUUCUCGUUCCGAGGGAAAACUCUCGCAUAUUCUACAGGAGCGAUUAUCGCAGCUUCCGGAGAAGCACACCAGCACGAAGCCCGUGUUGAGUCAACGGCAUCCACAUCAAAAAGAGGAUAUCGUAGUUGCUGAAUCAUCGCAUAGGGGAGAAAGACUGAAGCAGAUUUCGAAAAACGAAAAGGAUAAGACGUCGCCGCCGAUGCAUCUAAGAGGAGCAGACAAAGUCCAAAUGGGCAAUGUACUCUUGGAGAAACUGCCCAUAACUCCACGGAUUACCAUGACGUGCGAGGAAAAUCUGAAGAAUCAAUUGAGCGGCGCGAACUCUCCAUCAUCCGGAUGGGCAGCUAGAAAAGCCACUACUACAGAAACUAAACCUAAAUCGGUGACGGAGUGUCUAAAAUCGACCGGACCGAUACCGGCGAAUAAGUGGAGAAUGGGUUCUCAACACCAUCGGUUUAGUGUGCCGCUUACAGAGUCCUCAUCAAUGAUUCCCUCAAAACCGUCCGAUGUAUCUACAACGAUAACAACGACGACUACUACUAAAACAUUACAUGAAUCGUCGACCGUUUCGAUACCUCUUCAUCCGAUUAGUGACAAUCAAGUGACGUUAACACCUAAAUACAAGACGAUGCCGUCACCCAGCGGUGCUUCUGCGAAGCAACCCACGCUCAAUGAAAUUCUGGAGGACGGGGAUGGCACGCAAGCAUCGGUGAACUCCAGGGAAUGCGGGGAUUCGGCAACUAAAUGUCGCGUUGUUAGGCGAACAACAUAUGAGCAACGGAGAAGCAAGUUCCACAAGACGCGCACGACCUCCUGUUCGAGUUCGGACGCCAGCGACGACGACAGCGAGAGUAGAAAAAAGAGGGCGCACAAACUCGGUGCAUCCACGGGCAAACCUUUACCUCCGAGACGCGAUAGUCACGACGACUCGAGCGAUUCGCAGGAUCCAGGAGGAAGCGGUGGUGGGCGUGGUGGAGUUGGUGGAGGAGGGAGCGGAGUUAGCAAUGGCGAACACACGACGACGGAUACACCGACGACAACCGAGAGCAAUCGAAACGAAAGUGGCAGUGGCACUAACACGACAAACACGAGCACAACGAAUGGAGGAGGACGGCAUCGAUGCACCGAGAAUCAGGUAAUGUUUGGCAGGAGACAUCGCGCUGGUAGGAGAAGAGCCGGCGAGACGCGAUUGCGUGAGAGCCAGUCGUUGAAUCGUAUCACCGAGGUUCAGGAGGCCGAGGCACCCUCAUCUUGUCACAAUCAUUGUCAUGUGUCGCGCAAUUCAACUGCAAUUGGCACGCAGAACGUCUCCUCAUCGUCAGCGUCGUCGGUAUCGCAGAAUAGCACGGCUUCUCAGCACAAUGUUAUUCCACCUAUGUCUCAAAUAGCAACCAGUACGGUACAAAAGGCAAAAGGUCUCGGAGCGAAAUUAUUGCAGAGCUGGUCACUCAGCGCCGGGAAAUCCUUGAUAUCGCAAGGCUCAAGAUCCGCUCGCAGUCCCGAUGGAAAAAGUAAUAGCUGUCAACGGCAAUCGGACGAUUGUCAGAGCGUCAGCGAUGAACGUCGCGAUCACAAGUGCGCGAGUCAAGCGCCCUGUAACGACAAGGAGAAUCGUGGUAACGGCUCGAUCAACGAGUGUAAGAGGAACGAGUGUAAGAACAGGAAGAUUCGGUUGUUGAGUCGUUACUUCGCCGUGCACAAGAAGCUCUGCGUACCGCUGCCAGGUAUCUUUGGCAAGGGACGCCUCUACAAGGCUCGCUCGUGCGGUAGCAUCACUCGCGAUCGUGUUAGUCCGCCGUCGCCUAAAUCGGUGCUGCUAGUCGAGGACAAGUGGCGGGAACGUCGUCAGUGGUGCGAUGCCGCGACAAAGCAGCAUCGCGGUAGCGAUGGCGAUAUAAAUCAGAAUUUAGGCCUCGCGCAUCUAGUGCAGGAGAACAUCGGCGGUAAGGGCUGCACCGGCAUGCCUAACGUGUGCCACAUUCACCUCGGAGACGCUUCCAAGUGUUGUAGCCUUUGUUGAUGAAUCGCUUCCGCUUGAAAGAGAACUCUCUUAGAUAUUCAAGACGAGAGACGUAUGAACGCGGGUAGGUAAAGACCAAGUCCGUUCUCUGGUGCCAGUGGCGUAGCUAGAUGGCAUAUGCGCGCGGGAUUUCUUUCGCGACAAUUUCUUUUCGAUACUACUUUAAUUUUUGGCGAGUUAUUUUUGUCGAUACAGAAAUAUUUUUAUAGGUUUAAAAGAUCUGAGAUUAUAUAUUUUUCUUUUUUUCUUAAAAAACUGCAAUCUAAAACAGCAUAGAUGCUGUAUCUCUGAUACACCUUAAAGAGACCAAUAGUUAUUAAUUCUUCUAAGUACAGAACCGAGUCAGAUCUCUCAAGGAAUCAUUUCGUAAGCAAUUCGGAGUGCAAAAAAUAUUGAUAAUUGAUAUUUCCAGAAAGGCAUGAUCUGUUUCUCGCUGAUGCCGAAGUUACGUUAAGUUAAGGACGCGCAACUAUUAUAUUUGCGUGAGUGGUAAUUGCUAACCACAAUAUUAAAGAUUACGUGACUCUGGUCUGCCAUCAACGUACUUGACUGAUCACAUCAUAUCCCCGCUGGUCUAUAGAACACAGGGAUCAAGACAACAAUAAGAGAAAAAAAAGAUAGAGCGUAUCGAUUUGUCGAUCGUUCUAAGGGAGCUGUAUCUAGUCCAUGUGA